AUGCCGACAAAAACAUCAACGAAUAGAUAUGUGCCCUAUGGUAAAUAUAAAGGCAAAACAUACAUAUAUGUGGAAAAUGAUAAUGAUAGUCAUAACUAUGUGGUAACAACUGAUACAUCUGAUAUCACUUCUUCGUCCGAAAGUGAAUAUGAAGAGAUAGAUAUUAAUGAUAUAUAUCCAUAUAAAUCGCCAAAAUAUAAAACGUUAAUUGAAGUAGUACUAAAACCAAGUAAAACACCAAGUGAUGUACUUAGUGGUACUAUACCAAAUAGUGGUGAAAAACCAUUAAGUGAUAAUAUACCCAUAGAUGAUGAAUGGAAUGAAUUAAAAAAGGAUUUUAUUUUGAACAUGUUACAAAAUGAUAUACCUGGAAACAUUACGGAUACUAAUACUUCAUAUAGUGGUAUGCCUCUAGAACAACCUUUUAUUACACAAAUACAAGAUCGAAAAUUAUAUAGUGAUGAAAACGAAAUUAUAUAUAAUAUUAAUUGGAAUAUACCAAAAAAUAUCACAACGAAUAACGUGGAUAGUCCAAAAUAUAUGUCACCAAAUAUAUAUAGUGGUAUAGAUCUAAUUAAUGAUUCGUUAAAUCGUGGUAAUGAUAUUGAUAUUUAUGAUGAGUUACUCAAACGAAAAGAAAACGAAUUGUUUGGAACAAACUAUCCGAAAAAUACAUCUACAAAUCGUGUUGCAAAACCAAUAAGUGGUGAUCCUAUACUGAACCAAUUGGAUCUAUAUGAUAAAUGGUUAGAGAGAAAUAAAGAUAUGUACAACCAGUGGAAUAUACAACGUGAUAACGACAAUACUACGGACCAUACACACAACUUGUUGAAUACCAACCUUUCUAUAGAAAUAAGUAGUGAUAUGACCCCUAGAUCUAAUAUGGAUAUGAGUGGUACUAAUAGAUAUACUUAUUUGGAUGAUAAGGAGUUGUUUGAAAAUAGUAGUGAUGAAAAUUUAUUAUGA